AUGGCAUUUUAUCCUUAUGAACCAAAAAGCCCUUGGUUCUUUGGCUCGAUUUCGAGAACGGAGGCAGAGCAAAAUCUUGAAGGAAGUCUUCCGGGAACCUUUCUUGUCAGAAGAACUAAUCGAGGGGCACAUGUUUACAGCAUUUCAUUUGUUGAAAAAGGAGAAAAUGCAGCACAUGUUCGAGUUUUGACCGACGGAGUCAAUUAUUUUGUCCACGAACAGCGAAAAUUCAAAGACAUAGAAGAACUUGUUCGGUUUUUCCAGAACAACGAUGAAUUUAUUUUUCUCACCACGUCAUGCGAAAAAACCGAUGCGAUUCCCGCGCCCGAUAGUAGCCCUUUUUCUUGUCAUAGCGACUACAUUGAAUUCGAUCCUGCUCCGAAGGAUGAACGCACUAGCGAUGAUUUCCCCGAUGAAAAAUCCACCAAAAAAUCUAAGAAUUUUAUAAAGAGACUGAGAAGAUUCUGCAGCUGCAAAAAGGAAAAUGUUGCUGAACAAAGAAAAUACACGAUCGAAGAAGAAGAAAAUACCUCAGCAUCAGAACCCAAAGAUCUUAAUAUCAGUAGUCCCGUGUCUCCUUAUGUUUCUACAUCAAUGAUUCCAGAACAACUCGAACCACAAGAGGAAACUCAUGAAGACAUCGACUCCGAACCGAUCAAAGAGUCUCUUGGCCAAUUUCAAGAUAUGAGAAGAUUCAAAUCAGAAAUUUAUCAAAUAAAGUAA